AAUCGAGCUGCGCCGAGCGCAGGAGGAGCUGGAGAAGGUCACGGAGAAGCUGCGCAGGAUUCAGAGCAACUACAUGGCGCUGCAAAGGAUCAACCAGGAGCUGGAGGACAAGCUAUACCGCAUGGGCCAGCACUAUGAGGAAGAGAAACGAGCGCUUAGCCACGAGAUUGUCGCCCUCAACAGCCACCUGCUGGAGGCCAAGGUGACCAUCGACAAGCUAUCGGAGGACAACGAGCUCUAUAGGAAGGACUGCAAUCUAGCGGCCCAGCUGCUGCAGUGCAGCCAGACGUACGGCAGGGGCCAUAAGGUGUCCGAGGAGCACGUGAGCCUGCACAUGGAGAAGCAAGGCUGCAGCCUGCCCUCCCCGCUCUGCCGCCCGGCCUACGCUGACAGUGUCCCCCCCUGCGUCCUCGCCAAGGUGCUGGAGAAGCCAGACCCCGGCAGCCUGUCCUCCCAUCUGUCGGAUGCCUCAGCCCGUGACCUGGCCUUCCGCGACAGGCUGGAAAAGCCGGGCCCCCGGCCCCCGUACAAGGGGGACAUCUACUGCAGCGACACGGCCCUCUACUGCCCCGAGGAGCGGCGCCGUGACCGGCGGCCCAGUGCGGACGGGCCCGUGACCGACGUGGGCUUCCUGCGGGCCCAGAAUUCCACUGACAGCGCGGCCGAGGAGGAGGAGGAGCCCGAGGCGGCGGCCUACCCCGCGGGCUACCGGCACGAGGCCUUCGGGGGCUACGCGGCCUCGCUGCCCACGUCCAGCUCCUACUCGAGCUUCAGCGCCACGUCGGAGGAGAAGGAGCACGCCCAGGCCAGCACGCUCACCGCCUCGCAGCAGGCUAUCUACCUGAACAGCCGCGACGAGCUCUUCGGCCGCACGCCGCCUGCGGCCUACGGGAGCAGCCCACGCUACGCCUCGGCCGCGGCUGCAGUGGCCGCCCCGCUCGAGGCCGAGGCGGCCCCGGGGUUCCCGAGGACUGUGUCGCCGUACCCCGCCGAGCCCUACCGCUUCCCGGUCUCCCCCGGCCCCCAGCCCGCCCUGAUGCCCCCCAACCUGUGGAACCUGCGGGCCAAGCCGGGGUCUGCCCGGCUGGCCGCAGAGGACGUACGCGGCCAGUGGCGGCCGCUGAGCGUGGAGGACAUCGGCGCCUACCCCUUCCCGGCCGCCGCCGCCGCCGCUGCCGCCGCCGCCGCCGCCGCCCCCGGCCGCGCCUCGCCCGGCGGCUUCAACGACCGCUACUUUGGGGCCGGAGGCGGCCCGGGCGAGAAGGCCGAGGGGCGCGCCAGCCCCCUCUAUGCCAGCUACAAGGCUGACAGCUUCUCGGAGGGCGAUGACCUCUCCCAGGGCCACCUGGCCGAGCCCCGCUACCUCCGGGCGGCCGGUGACCUGAGCCUCAGCCCAAGCCGCUCGGCUGAGCCCCUGCCCAGCUACGCAGCCAGCGAGGGGGAGCGGGAGAGGCUCGGGGUGCAGCUCUGUGGGGCGGGCGGCAGCCCCGAGCCCCAGCACAGCCCCCGGAGCUCCAGGGAUUCCCUGGAGCCCAGCUCCAUGGAGGCCUCCCCGGAGAUGCACCCCAGCGCCCGCCUCAGCCCCCAGCCCGCCUUCCCUCGGACUGGCGGCUCGGGGCUCAGCCGCAAGGACAGUCUCACAAAAGCCCAGCUCUACGGAACCCUGCUCAACUGAGCACCCACGUGCAGGCCUCGGCCGUGGCCACCCCACACACCGGGUCCCGACGGGUGCUGCCUCGCCUCCCCGAUACCCAUCCUCCCGGCCCCGCAAACGAGGACCCCGUCGAGCCUGGGGUGGGGGUGGGGGCGGGGGCCCAGGUGGGGGCCCACCCACGUGUCUCGUCCGCCCCCGCACCGCCAGGGUGGACCGUUUCUCACACAGCAACCUCCUUCCCCACCGGAGAUGAG